AUGACUAAUAGUGUCUUUCCCACUGUUUCUGAUACCGUGUUUGAGUUCCAACCCAAACUGAUCAAUAUGGAUGCCAAUGAAAACAAUGGCAAUGAGAAUGGGAAUAAUGGGAAUAAUGCUAACAGAAAUAUUAGAGAAUUGGCUGCCCCUGAUGUGUAUUAUCAACCCUUGUGUAUUCAGUAUCCUCAAUUGCAAGUAAACUUUGAACUGAAAUCUGGAUUGAUACAUUUGCUGCCUAAGUUUCACGGUCUUGCAGGUGAAGAUCCACACAAGCAUUUGAAGGAGUUUCAUGUUGUAUGCUCCACCAUGAGGCCGCAAGGGGUUGAUGAAGAACAAAUCAAGCUAAGGGCAUUCCCUUUCUCUCUUGAUGGAGCUGCCAAAGACUGGCUCUAUUACUUGCCACCUGUAGCCAUUACCAAUUGGGAUGGCCUGAGGAGAAUAUUUCUGGAGAAGUUCUUCCCUGCUUCCAGGACAGCAGCCAUCCGGAAGGACAUUUGUGGCAUCCGACAGAUAGAUGGAGAAAGCUUGCAUGAGUACUUAGUGGAUGUUGCAUCUGGAGGAGCCUUAGUGGAAAAGACACCAGCUGCAGCCCAGGACUUAAUUUCAAAGAUGGCUCAAAAUGCACAACAAUUUGGUACCAGGUUGAACACUCCCAUGAAGACUGUCAAUGAGGUUGGUUUUGCUGCACCUGUGGACCAAAGGGGAAUAGAAAAUAGGCUGGAGGAACUCACUUCAAUGGAUAACAUAGAAUCAUGCAAUGGAAUCUUCCCUAGAAGACCGUUUCAGCACCAGCCACAACAGAGUAAGUAUGAUCCCUAUGCUCCCACCUACAAUCCGGGCUGGAGAGACCAACCCAACUUCAGAUAUGGGGGUGCCUCAACUCAACCAUUCCAACAGAGGUUCAAUGCACCAGGUCAAAGUAAUGCCACACCAAUGAAGCAACAAGCACAGACAUUACCCAAGACAGAACCGAGCUUGGAUGACAUAGUGCAGCAAUUGGCUGCCAACAUUCUCAAAUUCCAACAACGGACUGACACCACCAUACAGAAUUUGGAGACACAGAUUGGGCAGUUAGCCACUAACAUAAAUGAGCUAAGGAGUCAAGGUUCGGGUCAGCUACCUUCACAGCCAAUAUCCAAUCAAAAGGGAAAUAUGAGUGCGAUCAUGUUGUGUAGUGGUAAAGAAGUGAAUGCUCCAGAGAAGGCACAAGAAGAAACUGGUAGAAAAGAAGAGUCGCCGUCCCUCUCAAUUCAAAGGGCCAAGCAGCACAUCAAUAAUGAUCAGGACAAGGGAGAACACCCCUACAACAAUCCAUUGCCUUUUCCCCAUAGAGCCACUCAAAAUAAGAAGAGGGCAGAAGCCGAGUUGGAUAAGGAGAUCAUGGAGACUUUCUAG